GUGGUCAAUCGGUAGCUUGGAAAUCGCAAUUAUCUGUCGAAAAUCUCUCGCGGCGACAUAUGCAGUAAGACUAUUUAUUAUGUGGGCUUGUCUGUUCAGUCAUGGGGUGUUUCCUGUUUCCCAUGCAAGGAACGUUCUUCAGUCUCCUCUUACUAUUGCCCUUGAUGUGAUAGUUACUUUCAGAGGAACUCAUCCAAUUUAUGAAACGCUGCUAUUAGUAAUGGGGAAAGAAUUCAGUCUGUUAUUAGGCUUGUUUCUUCUUGUGUGUAGAGAUUAUGGCAUGGUGAACAGGCUCGGCCACUGCGGUUGGCUUUGGAUGUAGCUAC